AUGUCGUUUGACCCUGAUCGUCCACGUUAUGAUCAAUCUACUUUUUAUGGAAGAUUACGGCAUUUUGCUGGUAUGACAGAUCCGAUGAUUGCAUUUUCGUCGACUUCGGAAUUGAUGAAAGCGUCGGAUUUGAUGCAACAAUGCAGGUUUGUUUUUUUAUUUAUCAUACUGCGAUUGAAAAAAAAACUAUUAAAAUAUAACUGAAAAAAUAAAAAUUUGCAAAAUUUAUCUAAAACUACAUUUUUCCAAGAUUCUCGGUCAAAAAUUCGUGAGAAAAAACAAUGAAAUUGUUGAAAAAUGUCUUAUCGCCAUCUUGCAAUCAUCUUUCAUCAAGCUUGCAAUAUUUUUUAUUACAAAAAUUGUAGAAAGCUUGCUAAAAAUGGUUGUGUUUAUUCAAAACCUUCGUGCGUUUUUGAAUGAGAAAUUUAAUCUGAUAAAUGUUACCAAUUAACGGCCAUUGAAGUUUUGAACAGUUGUUCAUUGCACUUUCGAAAAAUCAAACAAUCACUUCUUAUGUUACAAACUUGAUCCAAAAAAUCGAAUAUCUAUCAGAAACUCAAGAACGUGAAUAUCCUAGUUUCAAAUAAUUUUAAUAUCAAGAAAGUUUUACUGAAAAAUUUUUUAAAUUGAGAAAUUGUAACCAAACCCCUACUAAUAACUCAUUUAAUGAGAAAAAUGUAGUUGUUCUCAAUUAAAAUAAAAAUUUCUUACAUCAGAGCAAAACAAAAUCCACCUGCAACACUCGAAGAGCUUCAUCGUGCACAAUGCCUUUAUCAAUCAGCUUUCCAUCCAGACACUGGAGAAUUGCAAAACUUCGCUGGUCGAAUGUGCUUCAAUGUCUGGGGUGGAACUAUGUUAUGUGGAGCUAUGAUGAUUUGGUGAGUAUUUAUUGAUUUUUCUUGGGAAUAAUCAUCAUCCCAUAACCAUUCAGGUACAAAUCCACACCUGCCGUCAUUUUCUGGCAAUGGGCAAAUCAAUCGUUUAACGCAUUGGUGAAUUAUACAAACCGGAAUGCUAAAAGUACUCUAACCACAAAGGAUCUUGUUAUGUCUUAUUCGACAGCUGUUUCUGGAGCACUUGGAAUGGCGAUUGGUUUAAAAACAUAUUUUGCAAAGAAACAAAGUAGCCCAUUGGCGCAGAGACUUGUUCCAUUGGGCGCUGUUGCUGUGGCAAAUGCGAUCAAUAUUCCAAUGAUGCGACAAAAGUAAACAAAUUUUUAUGAUUCUUUUCAUAUGGGAAAACAUGUUGAGGUGUAUCGAAUUUUGCAGGGAAUGCAAAUUAUUUUGUCAGAUGUGUUGAUUGAUUCGAUCAACGCUUUGUUCCACAAAACAUUUUCGCAAAAAUUAUGGAAAUUUGAAGAAUGUACUUGGAAAAAUCUCGUGAAGAACUUCACUAAUUUUGAAUCUUCCGAAAAUUUGUAAAUUGGUUAGAAAGAAUCAAGUAUUUACAAACAGUAUGACAAUCUCAAUGAUAGGUUGGAUGAAUUUAAACAAUUUUGAUGUUGAAGAGACUUUCGAAUAACUCAUGAAAAAAUUCCUGAAGUUUCUGAAAUAGUGAGGGUCGUGUUCUUCAAACUACAAAUUACGAAUUGUCUUUUCGGUUUCAAGAAUAUCUAGAUUUUCCUACCAAAACCUGUUCACAAAUGUAACCAUUUUGAAAUUCCUCAACUUUGAAACUUGGAAAGUGUUUUAAAUAAUUCGAAACCGACAGAAUUCAGAAGAACAAUAAAACAUUCAAAAAACCCUGAAACAGAAAAACCUUCAUUUCUAAAUUUCUUUAUUUCAUUUUGCAGCGAGCUCAAGAAUGGUAUGAGUGUCACCGAUGAAGAUGGAAAUACAGUGGGUAUUUCAAGACUAGCUGCCGCAAAAGCAAUUUCUCUAGUCGUUCUCUCUAGAAACAUUAUUGUAGCUCCUUGCAUGAGUAAGUUUGAAAUUCUAUCACUAACUCUAAACCAAAUUUCUAAUUCAAACUUACAGUCUUAACUCCGGUUAUUAUGGAAGGUCUCAACAAAGUAGCAACAUUCAGAAAACAUAUCAAUAAACUUAACAUUCCAACUCAACUUGCUUUAACAUUUGUGAUGUAAGUUUUUCAGAAAAACGGAAAUUAAUUUAGUUUCCUGUUAAAUUUUCAGUUACGGUGCAAUGAUUCCAAUUGGUUGUGCAUUGUUCCCACAACAGAACUCUAUCAAACUUUCGACUUUGAAACGAUUCGAGCCAGAAGCUUAUGAGAAAUUGAAAGAUAUUAAAGGCGAUCGCGUUUAUUUCAAUAAAGGUCUCUAA